GACAAUGGCUCCUCCCUGGAUGGACUUGCUAUAAAAGGGCCACUAUCCCAGACUUCAGCACCCAGCAAAGCUCCUUCAGGCUACAUUCUACUUACUCUUGUGGUGAAGAACGUUCACCUUUACUACCAAAAGAUGUCUACUCUCCUGGAAAACAUCAUUGCCAUCAUCGACCUAUUCCAUGAGUACUCAACAACAGACAAGGAGACUGACACACUGAGCAGAGAAGAACUGAAGGAGCUCCUGGAAAGAGAGUUUCGGCCAGUCCUGAAGAAUCCAGAUGACCCAGACACUGCUGAUGUCUUCAUGCAUAUUCUUGAUCUAGACCAUGACAAGAAAAUUGACUUCACUGAGUACUUUCUAAUGGUAUUCAAGUUGGCUACAGCAUACUAUGAGUCAAACAAAAGACAGAACUUCCAAGCAACGGAGCAAAACCAAAACCACCAUGCACACCAUACAAAAGAUGAAGACGAUGAUUUAGAUGAAGACAAAGUACAAUUAGAAAAAGAAGAAAAAUUGAGAAAAUCCACACAAUCAGGAAAAACCCAUGAAAAAAGGAGGGAGACAAGAUCCAAAGGACUAAAAGGAAAAGGAAAAUAUAGACACAAGCAAGGACCUGACAAUUCUAGACAGACAGGAUCCCUUGAGGGUGAGGAGGCCGAUGGUGGACACUCGGAGCGAGGAUCUCGUCACCAUCAGUCAUCCACUCAGGCACACGGCUCUAGACACUCACACCCUGAGCAUGGACAAUCCUCAUCUGAAUCCAGGCCACUGAGAAACCGAGGGUCCAGUGUCAGUCAGGACAGCGACAGUGAAGGACACUCAGAAGAUUCGGACAGACAGUAUGGGUCUGGUUCAGGAAACCAACGUGGGUCUGCCCAUGGCCAUGCGGGAGACGGCUCUAGACUCUCUCACUCUCAUCGAAGGCAGGGAGACAAUCAUGGGCACUCUGAUUCUGCCCAUGGACAGUCAGACUCUGGUACCAGAAGAGGACAAGGAUCUAGUCAUGGACACGCUGUAGACAGCUACACACAAUCAGGGUCUCAUCACGGAGAGACAUCCUCUCGGGGACACACUGACUCCUCCCGUGGGCAGUCAAGAUCCGGCACAAGAGGACGACAAGAAUCCCAGCAUCACCGGUCAGCAGACACUUCCAGACGCUCAGCCACUGGACAUGGACAAUCGUCCUCUGGAUACAGGGCAAGCAGACAGCGGGGAUCCAGUGUGAGUCAGGCCAGCGACAGCGAAGGACAUUCAGAAGGUGCAGGCAGAGAAUCUUCAAAUACCCUCGGAAGGUCUGGGUCCACUUUGAGGAAGGAACAUGGGUCUAGCCAUGGGCAGUCAGGAGACAGGUCUGGGCACUCAGGGACCCGUCAAGGGCAGACGGCCUCCCGUGGGAGGUCAGACUCUGCCCACCGAGAGUCAGGAUCCACCACCAGGGAAAGGCAAGGGCGCGACCACCAGCAGUCAGGAGACAGAUCUGGGCACUCAGGAUCCCUUCACGGGCAGACAGCCUCCCUUGGGGGAUCAGACUCUGCCCACCGAGAACCAGGAUCCACCUCCAGGGAAAGGCAAGGGAGCCACCACCAGCAGUCAGGGGACAGAUCCGGGCACUCAGGGUCCCGUCAAGGGCAGACGGCCUCCCGUGGGAAGUCAGACUCUGCCCACCGAGAGUCAGGAUCCACCACCAGGGAAAGGCAAGGGCGCCACCACCAGCAGUCAGGAGACAGAUCUGGGCACUCAGGAUCCCUUCACGGGCAGACGGCCUCCCUUGGGGGAUCAGACUCUGCCCACCGAGAAUCAGGAUCCACCUCCAGGGAAAGGCAAGGGAGCCACCACCAGCAGUCAGGGGACAGAUCCGGGCACUCAGGGUCCCGUCAAGGGCAGACGGCGUCCCGUGGGCGGUCAGACUCUGCCCACCGAGAGUCAGGAUCCACCACCAGGGAAACGCAAGGGCGCCACCUUCGGCAGUCAGACGACAGCUCCAGACAUUCGGGUGCCGGACAUGGACAAAGCUCUUCUGGAUCUGGUAACAGCAGACACCGGGGAUCCAGAGCCGGUCAGGCCAGUGACAGUGAAGGACAAUCAGAAGACUCAGAUACUCAGUCAGGGUCAGUCUUGGAACAGUCCAGGUCCAGUCAAAGGAGACAACAUGACAAUGUACGUGGCAGUUCUGAGCACUCAGGGGCUUAUUUCUACCAGAUAGCCUCCCAAGAACACUUGAAUUCUGCCCACGGGCAGUCUCAAUCCAGCACCAGAGGGAGACAAGGAUCCCGCCCUGAGCAGGCACGUGACAGCUCUAGACAGGCAGGAUCCCUUGAGGGUCAGGCAGCUGAUGGUGGACACUCGGAGCGAGGAUCUCGUCACCAUCAGUCAUCCACUCAGGCACACGGCUCUAGACACUCACACCCUGAGCAUGGACAAUCCUCAUCUGAAUCCAGGCCACUGAGAAACCGAGGGUCCAGUGUCAGUCAGGACAGCGACAGUGAAGGACACUCAGAAGAUUCGGACAGACAGUAUGGGUCUGGUUCAGGAAACCAACGUGGGUCUGCCCAUGGCCAUGCGGGAGACGGCUCUAGACUCUCUCACUCUCAUCGAAGGCAGGGAGACAAUCAUGGGCACUCUGAUUCUGCCCAUGGACAGUCAGACUCUGGUACCAGAAGAGGACAAGGAUCUAGUCAUGGACACGCUGUAGACAGCUACACACAAUCAGGGUCUCAUCACGGAGAGACAUCCUCUCGGGGACACACUGACUCCUCCCGUGGGCAGUCAAGAUCCGGCACAAGAGGACGACAAGAAUCCCAGCAUCACCGGUCAGCAGACACCUCCAGACGCUCAGCCACUGGACAUGGACAAUCGUCCUCUGGAUACGGGGCAAGCAGACAGCGGGGAUCCAGUGUGAGUCAGGCCAGCGACAGCGAAGGACAUUCAGAAGGUGCAGGCAGAGAAUCUUCAAACACCCUCGGAAGGUCUGGGUCCACUUUGAGGAAGGAACAUGGGUCUAGCCAUGGGCAGUCAGGAGACAGGUCUGGGCACUCAGGGACCCGUCAAGGGCAGACGGCCUCCCGUGGGAAGUCAGACUCUGCCCACCGAGAGUCAGGAUCCACCACCAGGGAAAGGCAAGGGCGCCACCACCAGCAGUUAGGAGACAGAUCUGGGCACUCAGGAUCCCUUCACGGGCAGACGGCCUCCCUUGGGGGAUCAGACUCUGCCCACCGAGAAUCAGGAUCCACCACCAGGGAAAGGCAAGGGAGCCACCACCAGCAGUCAGGGGACAGAUCCGGGCACUCAGGGUCCCAUCAAGGGCAGACGGCGUCCCGUGGGCGGUCAGACUCUGCCCACCGAGAGUCAGGAUCCACCACCAGGGAAACACAAGGGCGCCACCUUCGGCAGUCAGACGACAGCUCCAGACAUUCGGGAUCUCGUCACCAUCAGUCAUCCACUCAGGCACACGGCUCUAGACACUCACACCCUGAGCAUGGACAAUCCUCAUCUGAAUCCAGGCCACUGAGAAACCGAGGGUCCAGUGUCAGUCAGGACAGCGACAGUGAAGGACACUCAGAAGAUUCGGACAGACAGUAUGGGUCUGGUUCAGGAAACCAACGUGGGUCUGCCCAUGGCCAUGCGGGAGACGGCUCUAGACUCUCUCACUCUCAUCGAAGGCAGGGAGACAAUCAUGGGCACUCUGAUUCUGCCCAUGGACAGUCAGACUCUGGUACCAGAAGAGGACAAGGAUCUAGUCAUGGACACGCUGUAGACAGCUACACACAAUCAGGGUCUCAUCACGGAGAGACAUCCUCUCGGGGACACACUGACUCCUCCCGUGGGCAGUCAAGAUCCGGCACAAGAGGACGACAAGAAUCCCAGCAUCACCGGUCAGCAGACACCUCCAGACGCUCAGCCACUGGACAUGGACAAUCGUCCUCUGGAUACGGGGCAAGCAGACAGCGGGGAUCCAGUGUGAGUCAGGCCAGCGACAGCGAAGGACAUUCAGAAGGUGCAGGCAGAGAAUCUUCAAACACCCUCGGAAGGUCUGGGUCCACUUUGAGGAAGGAACAUGGGUCUAGCCAUGGGCAGUCAGGAGACAGGUCUGGGCACUCAGGGACCCGUCAAGGGCAGACGGCCUCCCGUGGGAAGUCAGACUCUGCCCACCGAGAGUCAGGAUCCACCACCAGGGAAAGGCAAGGGCGCCACCACCAGCAGUCAGGAGACAGAUCUGGGCACUCAGGAUCCCUUCACGGGCAGACGGCCUCCCUUGGGGGAUCAGACUCUGCCCACCGAGAAUCAGGAUCCACCUCCAGGGAAAGGCAAGGGAGCCACCACCAGCAGUCAGGGGACAGAUCCGGGCACUCAGGGUCCCGUCAAGGGCAGACGGCGUCCCGUGGGCGGUCAGACUCUGCCCACCGAGAGUCAGGAUCCACCACCAGGGAAACACAAGGGCGCCACCUUCGGCAGUCAGAUGACAGCUCCAGACAUUCGGGAUCUCGUCACCAUCAGUCAUCCACUCAGGCACACGGCUCUAGACACUCACACCCUGAGCAUGGACAAUCCUCAUCUGAAUCCAGGCCACUGAGAAACCGAGGGUCCAGUGUCAGUCAGUACAGCGACAGUGAAGGACACUCAGGAGAUUCGGACAGACAGUAUGGGUCUGGUUCAGGAAACCAACGUGGGUCUGCCCAUGGCCAUGCGGGAGACGGCUCUAGACUCUCUCACUCUCAUCGAAGGCAGGGAGACAAUCAUGGGCACUCUGAUUCUGCCCAUGGACAGUCAGACUCUGGUACCAGAAGAGGACAAGGAUCUAGUCAUGGACACGCUGUAGACAGCUACACACAAUCAGGGUCUCAUCACGGAGAGACAUCCUCUCGGGGACACACUGACUCCUCCCGUGGGCAGUCAAGAUCCGGCACAAGAGGACGACAAGAAUCCCAGCAUCACCGGUCAGCAGACACCUCCAGACGCUCAGCCACUGGACAUGGAAAAUCGUCCUCUGGAUACGGGGCAAGCAGACAGCGGGGAUCCAGUGUGAGUCAGGCCAGCGACAGCGAAGGACAUUCAGAAGGUGCAGGCAGAGAAUCUUCAAACACCCUCGGAAGGUCUGGGACCACUUUGAGGAAGGAACAUGGGUCUAGCCAUGGGCAGUCAGGAGACAGGUCUGGGCACUCAGGGACCCGUCAAGGGCAGACGGCCUCCCGUGGGCGGUCAGACUCUGCCCACCGAGAGUCAGGAUCCACCACCAGGGAAAGGCAAGGGCGCCACCACCAGCAGUCAGGAGACAGAUCUGGGCACUCAGGAUCCCUUCACGGGCAGACGGCCUCCCUUGGGGGAUCAGACUCUGCCCACCGAGAAUCAGGAUCCACCUCCAGGGAAAGGCAAGGGCACCACCACCAGCAGUCAGGAGACAGAUCCGGGCACUCAGGGUCCCGUCAAGGGCAGACAGCCUCCCAUGGGGGAUCAGACUCUGCCCACCGAGAGUCAGGAUCCACCACCAGGGAAACACAAGGGCGCCACCACCAGCAGUCAGGAGACAGAUCCAGGCACUCAGGGUCCCGUCAAGGGCAGACGGCCUCUAGUGGGCAGUCAGACUCUGCCCACCGAGAGUCAGGAUCCACCACCAGAGAAACGCAAGGGCGCCACCUUCAGCAGUCAGACGACAGCUCCAGACAUUCGGGUGCCGGACAUGGACAAAGCUCUUCUGGAUCUGGUAACAGCAGACACCGGGGAUCCAGAACCGGUCACGCCAGUGACAGUGAAGGACAAUCAGAAGACUCAGAUACUCAGUCAGGGUCAGUCUUGGAACGGUCCAGGUCCAGUCAAAGGAGACAACAUGACAAUGUACGUGGCAGUUCUGAGCACUCAGGGGCUUAUUUCUACCAGAUAGCCUCCCAAGAACACUUGAAUUCUGCCCACGGGCAGUCUCAAUCCAGCACCAGAGGGAGACAAGGAUCCCGCCCUGAGCAGGCACGUGACAGCUCUAGACAGGCAGGAUCCCUUGAGGGUCAGGCAGCCGAUGGUGGACACUCGGAGCGAGGAUCUCGUCACCAUCAGUCAUCCACUCAGGCACACGGCUCUAGACACUCACACCCUGAGCAUGGACAAUCCUCAUCUGAAUCCAGGCCACUGAGAAACCGAGGGUCCAGUGUCAGUCAGGACAGCGACAGUGAAGGACACUCAGAAGAUUCGGACAGACAGUAUGGGUCUGGUUCAGGAAACCAACGUGGGUCUGCCCAUGGCCAUGCGGGAGACGGCUCUAGACUCUCUCACUCUCAUCGAAGGCAGGGAGACAAUCAUGGGCACUCUGAUUCUGCCCAUGGACAGUCAGACUCUGGUACCAGAAGAGGACAAGGAUCUAGUCAUGGACACGCUGUAGACAGCUACACACAAUCAGGGUCUCAUCACGGAGAGACAUCCUCUCGGGGACACACUGACUCCUCCCGUGGGCAGUCAAGAUCCGGCACAAGAGGACGACAAGAAUCCCAGCAUCACCGGUCAGCAGACACCUCCAGACGCUCAGCCACUGGACAUGGACAAUCGUCCUCUGGAUACGGGGCAAGCAGACAGCGGGGAUCCAGUGUGAGUCAGGCCAGCGACAGCGAAGGACAUUCAGAAGGUGCAGGCAGAGAAUCUUCAAACACCCUCGGAAGGUCUGGGACCACUUUGAGGAAGGAACAUGGGUCUAGCCAUGGGCAGUCAGGAGACAGGUCUGGGCACUCAGGGACCCGUCAAGGGCAGACGGCCUCCCGUGGGCGGUCAGACUCUGCCCACCGAGAGUCAGGAUCCACCACCAGGGAAAGGCAAGGGCACCACCACCAGCAGUCAGGAGACAGAUCUGGGCACUCAGGAUCCCUUCACGGGCAGACGGCCUCCCUUGGGGGAUCAGACUCUGCCCACCGAGAAUCAGGAUCCACCUCCAGGGAAAGGCAAGGGCACCACCACCAGCAGUCAGGAGACAGAUCCGGGCACUCAGGGUCCCGUCAAGGGCAGACAGCCUCCCAUGGGGGAUCAGACUCUGCCCACCGAGAGUCAGGAUCCACCACCAGGGAAACACAAGGGCGCCACCACCAGCAGUCAGGAGACAGAUCCAGGCACUCAGGGUCCCGUCAAGGGCAGACGGCCUCUAGUGGGCAGUCAGACUCUGCCCACCGAGAGUCAGGAUCCACCACCAGAGAAACGCAAGGGCGCCACCUUCGGCAGUCAGACGACAGCUCCAGACAUUCGGGUGCCGGACAUGGACAAAGCUCUUCUGGAUCUGGUAACAGCAGACACCGGGGAUCCAGAACCGGUCACGCCAGUGACAGUGAAGGACAAUCAGAAGACUCAGAUACUCAGUCAGGGUCAGUCUUGGAACGGUCCAGGUCCAGUCAAAGGAGACAACAUGACAAUGUACGUGGCAGUUCUGAGCACUCAGGGGCUUAUUUCUACCAGAUAGCCUCCCAAGAACACUUGAAUUCUGCCCACGGGCAGUCUCAAUCCAGCACCAGAGGGAGACAAGGAUCCCGCCCUGAGCAGGCACGUGACAGCUCUAGACAGGCAGGAUCCCUUGAGGGUCAGGCAGCCGAUGGUGGACACUCGGAGCGAGGAUCUCGUCACCAUCAGUCAUCCACUCAGGCACACGGCUCUAGACACUCACACCCUGAGCAUGGACAAUCCUCAUCUGAAUCCAGGCCACUGAGAAACCGAGGGUCCAGUGUCAGUCAGGACAGCGACAGUGAAGGACACUCAGAAGAUUCGGACAGACAGUAUGGGUCUGGUUCAGGAAACCAACGUGGGUCUGCCCAUGGCCAUGCGGGAGACGGCUCUAGACUCUCUCACUCUCAUCGAAGGCAGGGAGACAAUCAUGGGCACUCUGAUUCUGCCCAUGGACAGUCAGACUCUGGUACCAGAAGAGGACAAGGAUCUAGUCAUGGACACGCUGUAGACAGCUACACACAAUCAGGGUCUCAUCACGGAGAGACAUCCUCUCGGGGACACACUGACUCCUCCCGUGGGCAGUCAAGAUCCGGCACAAGAGGACGACAAGAAUCCCAGCAUCACCGGUCAGCAGACACCUCCAGACGCUCAGCCACUGGACAUGGACAAUCGUCCUCUGGAUACGGGGCAAGCAGACAGCGGGGAUCCAGUGUGAGUCAGGCCAGCGACAGCGAAGGACAUUCAGAAGGUGCAGGCAGAGAAUCUUCAAACACCCGCGGAAGGUCUGGGUCCACUUUGAGGAAGGAACAUGGGUCUAGCCAUGGGCAGUCAGGAGACAGGUCUGGGCACUCAGGGACCCGUCAAGGGCAGACGGCCUCCCGUGGGAGGUCAGACUCUGCCCACCGAGAGUCAGGAUCCACCACCAGGGAAAGGCAAGGGCGCCACCACCAGCAGUCAGGAGACAGAUCUGGGCACUCAGGAUCCCUUCACGGGCAGACGGCCUCCCUUGGGGGAUCAGACUCUGCCCACCGAGAGUCAGAAUCCACCACCAGGGAAACACAAGGGCGCCACCACCAGCAGUCAGGAGACAGAUCCAGGCACUCAGGGUCCCGUCAAGGGCAGACGGCCUCUGGUGGGCAGUCAGACUCUGCCCACCUAGAGUCAGGAUCCACCACCAGAGAAACGCAAGGGCGCCACCUUCGGCAGUCAGACGACAGCUCCAGACAUUCAGGUGCUGGACGUGGACAAAGCUCUUCUGGAUCUGGUAACAGCAGACACCGGGGAUCCAGAACCGGUCAGGCCAGUGACAGUGAAGGACAGUCAGAAGACUCAGAUACUCAGUCAGGGUCAGUCCAGGAACAGUCCAGUUCCAGUCAAAGGAGACAACAUGACAAUGUACGUGGCAGUUCUGAAAACUCAGGGUCUUAUUUCUACCAGAAAUCAGUGUCUCCUCCAGGGCAGAGAGAAAAUUGCGGGAAGUCUGAUUCAGAUUUUGGACAGUCUCAGUAUGGUCGUGUAAGUUAUGAUUGUACCAAUAUGGCAUUCAGGGACAGACCUCACUCUGGAGAUGAAUUUAUAACAUCCAAUAUAUCAGACAGUAAUAUGCAGUCACGAACAUAUGGUCAUUCAAGUGAUAAUUCAAAACAGUUGGGAUUUGGUCAGUUAGAAAGAUAUUAUUAUUAUGAGUGAGAACCCAAUAGAAAAAUAAUUAAUACUGAGAGUAGGUAAGUGAAACAAGACAUAACUUUGCAUCAAGAAACUUCUCAUUAUACUUCCAAAGGGUUUACGUUACCAUUUUAUUUUGAAUAAGUUACACAAUUUCUUCCCUUGGGCAUAGUUUAGUUUAUUCUCUAGAAAUUUAUGCCUUUGUUUGGAAAUGGUGAAUGGGAAUAAACAAUGUUAUUUAGACCUAAAUUUAGAAAACACAGUAUUUUGGGUGUUGGGGUUGAAGUAAGCAUUUUUCUUUUCUGAGCUUAAAUUUUAGGACCUUUGUAGAUUUGUGCACUGAUCUUUGUGAAAAAUAUUAUAAAAUCACUGUUCUCGUGGCAAAAAUUAUAAAAUCACUGUUCUAGUGGCCAAACCUCCAAUGUUAUUAUCAGGGCUCAGUACAUCUUUCUGGACUAUCCUUGUAAUGGAAUUCUAUAUUAUUCUGGCUUCAUUAAAAUCAAAAAAGUGUAUUGCAUAAAGAUUCAAAAUAAACAAUUGGGCAUAUGUCA